AGGAACCGCAACAUUUAGAGAGCGUACUAUACCAACAUAUAAUCAAUAAUGGCGGUCAGUAGCGGUGAUUCCAAAAUGAGCCAACAGGGACCAGCUUUUGACUCCAAUGCGAUGACGCUCACGCGAUUCGUGCUGCAGGAGCAGCGAAAGUUCAAGAGUGCCACUGGCGAUCUCUCCCAACUGCUAAACUCCAUCCAGACUGCCAUCAAGGCUACAUCAUCUGCGGUCCGGAAGGCCGGCAUCGCCAAGCUCCAUGGAUUCGCUGGUGAUGUGAAUGUCCAGGGCGAGGAAGUCAAGAAACUGGACGUGCUCUCCAACGAGCUGUUCAUCAACAUGCUGAAAUCAUCCUAUACCACAUGUCUAAUGGUUUCCGAGGAGAACGAGAAUGUGAUCGAGGUGGAAGUGGAGAAACAGGGAAAAUACAUCGUGUGUUUCGAUCCCCUGGAUGGAUCCUCCAACAUAGACUGUUUGGUGUCGAUCGGUUCGAUCUUCGCCAUUUACCGCAAGAAAAGCGAUGGUCCGCCCACAGUGGAGGAUGCCCUUCAACCUGGAAAUCAGCUGGUGGCCGCCGGAUACGCGCUGUACGGCUCGGCCACAGCAAUAGUCCUGGGUCUGGGUUCCGGAGUGAAUGGCUUCACUUACGACCCAGCCAUCGGAGAGUUCGUCCUGACCGAUCCCAACAUGCGGGUGCCUGAGAAGGGAAAGAUUUACUCGAUCAACGAGGGUUAUGCCGCGGAUUGGGAGGACGGUGUGUUCAACUACAUUGCGGCCAAGAAGGACCCUGCCAAAGGAAAGCCCUACGGAGCGCGGUACGUAGGAUCCAUGGUCGCAGAUGUGCAUCGUACCAUCAAAUACGGUGGCAUCUUCAUCUAUCCGGCUACGAAAUCCGCUCCCAGCGGAAAACUCCGUCUUCUAUACGAGUGUGUACCUAUGGCCUAUCUGAUGAUUCUGGCUGGAGGCCUGGCCAGCGACGGAAAGAUUAGCAUUUUGGACAUUGUGCCCAAGAAGAUUCACGAGCGCAGCCCCAUUUUCCUAGGAUCCAAGGCCGACGUGGAGGAGGCGCUCAGCUACUUAAAGUGAUUGUAACUACAGUGAUGUAUCAAUAAAAGUGUAUAUUUUUUACUAAGAAA